AUGUUUAGUGGUCAAACCUUUGGAAUUCUUCUUUUCCACUUUAUAUUUACAGAAGCUUUUAUUUCAUUUGUUCUUUCCACACCGCACCAAAAUGAACAUAGAAAAUUUUUCGAGCCGCUUUGUGGCGAUAUUUUUCUAGAAAAAUGGAAGCGAAUGUGCAAGGCACUCAUUAACCUUGUGAAAAUUGUUAUUUCUUCUGCAUCUGAUGAUGUCUUUCAUGUGGGUCCUUGA